UCCACUGAACGGAAUCAUGGCACAGAGUGAACAAGCCAAUCAGGAGCUCACUGAAGUGCUGAACCAACUCUGGCGCCUGGAUACCAACCGCCUCAAACCGGAGACCGAUUACAUUAUUUCCCCGCAAGGGAGGGCAGGUUACGUGGCUCAUGGCAGCAACUAUGCCAGAGACCGGGCCAGGGCUCCACUCUUCACAUAUGUCAACGAAGACAAACUCAAGGGUAUCGAGACUUAUUUACGCGAGAAGCACUUAAUUUCCCCCCUCGGUUGCACUUAUUUAGCUCCAACCACCAAGAGAGUCCCAUUGUGUUACCUUGUUGUCAUUUAUCAUUAUAGAAAGGAUUCCUGUGGGUUUGAGCAUGUGUUUGUGGGAGAAACCAAGUAUGGCCAGGAGGUCACUGAUUUUCACAACUGGGUCCAGUUCUACCUGCAGGAAAAACUCGACCAUGUUGACUACAAAGGCUACAAAGCAAGAGAUAACAAAAAUACACCUGAUGAAGAUGACCAUGUCCUGAACCUGCAGUUCAGCUGGAACGGCUUGGUGAAGCCGGUUGGCGGCUGCUUCAUUGGCGUGAGUCCAGAGUUUGAGGUGGCUCUCUUCACCAUCAUCUUCCUCAUGUCGACUCAGAAGAUGACGUCUGUGGUGGUGAAAGUGGACGAGUACGUGCUGGAGCUGGUUGUCUAUCGGCAUGGAGGAUCCAUCGGCACGUCCUACCCCAAACUGUUUAGCAGCAACCACGAGGAUUUGUAAUAUCGAUCCAUGUAGACGUUUAUAUUUUCAACAAAUUGUGUGACACUUUCAUUUCAUUCCUUUAUAGUAUAAACUUAUAAAACUAAUCUGUAAAACUAUCUCUUUGCACUAAAUGUCAGUCUUAAACUUUCUCUUAUGAGUUUUCAGCCUCAACCUCCUGAUCUGAACUGAUAUCAUGGAAGGAGUGUAUCUUAUCAUAAUCAUUUAUCUGUCUGAUUCUGUACACCAUUAUUGUAUACCUUUAGCUCAGUGGGGUAAGAGGGCCGUCCUGCAACCGCAGGGUUGUCUGUUCGAUCCCGGCUCUCCCCAUUAGUUGCAAGUCGAAGUGUCCUUGAGCAAGGCACUGAAC